AUGUGUCCUCAAGUGAGAAAAACCUGUGCGCGUGUGUGUGUGUUCCUUCAUUUUCAAAUCCACAUCAUGACUCUCCAACACACCCUUACAUCUGGAAUAUUAAUUUUAGUUUUGAUUAAUGCCUGUUUGUCUAACAUCCCAGUGGAAGAACAGGAUCCAAGGUUUUGGAAUGUAAAGGGGAAGGAAGCUCUCAUCUCGGCUCUGUCUCUGAAACCAAAUGUUCAUCUAGCCAAAAAUCUCAUCCUCUUCAUCGGAGAUGGUAUGGGAGUUUCAACAGUGACGGCUUCUCGGAUUCUGAAAGGGCAGCUUGCUGGUAAAAAUGGAGAGGAGACUCUUUUAACCACGGACAUGUUCCCUCACCUGGCAUUAUCCAAGACCUAUAAUGUGGAUCAGCAGAUGCCAGACAGUGCUGGUACGGCCACAGCAUAUCUGUGUGGUGUGAAAGCGAAUUAUGGAACGCUGGGUCUCAGUGCUGCGGCUCGGAGGGGUCAGUGUCAAACUACCAUGGGCAACGAGGUCAAGUCAGUCCUCCACCGCGCCAGAGCAGCAGGGAAGUCUGUGGGUAUUGUGACCACCACACGAGUUCAGCAUGCAUCCCCAGGAGCAAGUUAUGCCCACAUUGCUGAUAGAGGCUGGUACAGUGAUGCUGAUCUGCCUGCUGAUGCAGUGAGCCAAGGCUGCAAAGACAUCGCUUAUCAACUCGUCCACAACACUGACAUUAAUGUGAUUUUAGGUGGAGGGAGACAGUAUAUGCUCCCUAAAGAGACAGUAGAUCCUGAAUAUCCUGGAACCAAUGGUACCAGAGAGGACAAAACCAACCUGAUCGAUGAGUGGCUCAAAAACAAAACGAAAGCCCAAUAUGUAUGGAAUAAAGCUGAGUUCAGUGCUGUGGAUGAGAAAGACACAGAUUAUUUAAUGGGUCUUUUUGAGCCAAAGGACACCAGAUAUGAGCUGGAUAGGAAUCCAGAAACAGAUCCAUCACUCACAGAGAUGAUGGAAAAAGCCAUCAAGAUCCUCAGCAAGAACCCCAAUGGAUUUUACCUCUUUGUGGAAGAUAAUGGUAGAAUAGAUCAUGCCCACCAUGCAAAUAAAGCUAAAUAUUCCCUGUAUGAAGCGGUGGAGUUAGACCGCGCCAUCACCCGAGCAGCUGAGCUGACCAGCGAACUGGACACCAUGACUGUGGUCACCGCUGAUCAUUCACAUGUGUUCGCUUUUGGCGGACACUCACCCAGAGGCAAUCCAGUAAUGGGCCUUUCUUCUAAAAUUGGCAAUGAUAAUAAACCCUUCACCACCACUCUGUAUGGGAAUGGACCAGGAUAUAUUGCCAAUGGAACACGGCCAAAUCUUAACUACACUAUUACAAGCAAAACUGGUUACUUACAGCAGUCUGCUGUUCCUCUCUCAUCUGAAACUCAUGGUUCUGAAGACGUGGCCAUUUUUGCAAAAGGCCCAAUGUCUCAUCUUUUCCACGGCGUUCAGGAACAGAGCUACAUCGCCCAUGCUAUGGCCUACGCUGCCUGCAUCGAGCCCUACAAAUACUGUAACUUACAGCCGGCUCCUGAUCCACAAUUAAAUCAUGCCAUUUCCAUCUGGCUUAGCACCUGUGCCAUACUGUUCGGCCUCUUCACUUCUCUCAUCCAUUUCCUCUGA